AUUAUAGUUAUAAGAAAGAUUUUGAAUAGAUCAUGUAAAAACAGAGCAAGCAGAGCAAAACACUCAAAAAGGAAAUAGAAUAAUUUCUAGAUGACCAGCAAAUGAGUAGUGGUUUAAUAUGUGCCUACCAGAUUCCAAGGGAUCUUGCUUAUUUAUUUAUUUCUGUUUGUGUCAUUAAUUGUGGGGAUUGUCUUCUAAUUCUAAUUUUGUGUUUUGCAGGAAAUGGGAACAACACAACAAGAACAAUAAUCAUUGUUAUUGCUUCAGUUGUUGGCGUUCUGAUACUAAUUAUCAUCUCCAUAUACAUUUUUAUGAGACGCAAAAAAACACCGGAAAAAGUUGAAACUAAGGAUGAGAUUAUUGGGGCUGAGUCCUUGCGAAUCGACUUUGAUUCUGUUCUGGCUGCAACUAAUAACUUUUCAGAUGCCAAUAAGCUGGGACAUGGAGGAUUUGGAGCUGUUUACAAGGGUCAGCUUCCAAAUGGACAAGAGGUUGCUGUGAAAAGAAUGUAUAGGAAAUCUCAACAAGGAGACAUAGAAUUUAAGAACGAAGUUCUAUUAUUGGCCAAGCUUCAACACCACAAUUUGAUUAGGUUUCUUGGUUUCUGCUUGGAAGGACAUGAAAAGAUUCUCAUCUCUGAGUUCGUCCCAAACAGAAGCCUUGAUCAUUUCAUUUUUGGUAAAGUUUCAGAUCGGACCAAGCGAGCACAAUUAGAUUGGAAAACACGCUACAAAAUCAUCGAAGGCAUUGCCCGUGGUCUCCUUUACCUUCAUGAAGAUUCUAAACUUCGGAUAAUUCAUCGGGAUCUCAAACCAAGUAAUAUUUUGUUAGAUGCUGAUAUGAUUCCUAAAAUUUCCGGUUUUGGGAUGGCAAGGCCGCUUGGACGGGAUGAAACGCAAGGCAGUACUGUGAGAAUUGUGGGAACCUAUGGAUACAUGGCUCCAGAAUAUGCUAUGCAGGGACAUUUCUCAGUAAAAUCAGAUGUCUUCAGCUUUGGUGUAUUACUUUUAGAAAUUAUCAGUGGUCAGAAAAAUAAUAGCUUCUGCCACGGGGAGAAUAAUGAGUUCAUGCUGAACUUUGCGUGGAAAAAUUGGAGAGAAGGGACAGCAUUGAAUCUGAUCGAUCCCACAUUGAGUGAUUUUUCAAGAAAUGAGAUAAUGAGAUGCAUCCACAUCGCACUGCUAUGCGUUCAAGAAAACGUAGCUGGGAGACCAACCAUGGCUGCAGUUAUUUUCAUGCUGAAUAGCUUCUCGACCAUCCUCCCAGUACCGUCACAACCAGCGUUUUGUAUGCAAAGCGACAUUGAAACUGACAUGUCAUCUUCAUUGGCCACUAAUUCAUGGGUGUCCAACAACUCCAAUAUCGAGUUACUCCCAACAUCCCUCAACGAGGUUUCAAUUACUGAGCUAUCUCCUAGAUAGUGUUUGGAAGUUGUAUACAAUAAGUUUAUUAUCUUAAAUUUCGUUUCUAUAUAUUAUAUUCCCGUUAAAGGCUUUGCUGUAUAUCUCACCAACAAGAGGUGGGCGUGAAAGUUUGUGUGGAAAUCCCACAUCCUAUAAUAAGAUAUAAUCCACCUCUGUGAUCAACGGUUUUCAACUUUUAGUGUAUCUAACUUCAGAGAUUGGGCAACAUAAUUGACCAAAAUUUAUUUGUACAAAAUUAAAAGU